UUAAUUUUCUCAUUUUCAAAAUAACAUAAAAGGAGACAUUUUGCCGCCAAAAUCUAUUUCUCUCGCUCAAUCGAGGGUUUCUUCUCCUUCUUCAUUUUCUUCUUCAUUUUUCUCAAAAUCACAACUCAAGUGUUUCAUCUUGUUCAUUUCCCAAAAUGACCUCGACAAUUCCGCUCCAUAUCGACGACGAGGACGACGAAUUUGAUUGGGAAGCAGCGGUUAGAGAAAUCGACGUCGCAUGUCAAACAGCAACGUCGCUCCAAAACGAUGCCUCUUCUUCUCGUAUUUAUAGAUUUAAUUCUAAUUCUAAUCCUAAUCAUAUACCUAACAGUAAUCAUGUCAAUAUGAAAAAGCCUGGGUCUUCUUUUAAACAAUCCACCCUCGAUAGAUUUAUCGGGAAUUUUCAAACGGAUUGUAAUGAGCUUAAUCACCAGAAUGUUAGGGUUUCUGGUGAUGAUGAUGAUCAGAGUGUAAACUGUGUCGAAAUUGAUGCCGAGGCAGCUAAAACUUGGAUUUACCCAGUAAAUGUUCCCCUUCGUGAUUAUCAAUUAGCUAUAACGAGGACAGCAUUGUUUUCGAAUACAUUGGUGGCAUUACCAACAGGACUUGGAAAGACACUGAUAGCAGCUGUUGUUAUGUAUAAUUAUUUCAGGUGGUUUCCACAAGGAAAAAUAGUUUUUGCUGCUCCAUCUCGGCCACUUGUAAUGCAACAAAUAGAAGCUUGCCAUAAUAUUGUGGGAAUACCACAAGAAUGGACAAUUGAUAUGACAGGCCAGCUAAGUCCUUCAAAAAGAGCAUGCUUUUGGAAAACAAAACGAGUAUUCUUUGUUACUCCUCAAGUUUUGGAGAAGGAUAUUCAGUCUGGCACAUGCUUGGUAAAGUACCUGGUAUGUUUGGUGAUUGAUGAGGCUCAUCGUGCUCAAGGAAAUUAUUCUUACAGUGUGGCAGUUCGUGAGUUGGUGGCAGUACCAGUUCAGCUAAGAUUAUUAGCUCUGACUGCAACACCGGGAUCAAAGCAGCAGGCCAUCCAGAAUAUUAUUAAUAACCUACUUAUUUCAACACUUGAGUAUCGUAAUGAAGGUGAUGCUGAUGUUGUCCCAUAUAUUCAUAACAGAAAGAUUGAAUUAAUUAAGGUCCCUCUAGGAAAGGAGGCUGUUGACAUAAAUAAACAGCUAUUGGAGGUGAUACGUCCAUUUGCAACUAGGCUUUCUGCAAUUGGGCUUCUGCAAAAUAGAGACUAUAAGACUUUCAGUCCCCCUGAUCUACUUAAUUCAAGGGAGAUAUUCCGUCGGGCACCCCCACCAGAACUUCCCCAGAAGAAGCAUGACGAAAUUGAAGCAUAUUUUGCAGGUCUUAUUACUCUUUAUCACAUACGUAAGCUACUCUCAAGUCACGGAAUACGACCAGCUUAUGAGAUGCUGGAAGAAAAGUUGAAAAAAGGGCAUUUAGCAAGAUUGGUGACUAAAAAUGAAGACAUUAGGAAAGUAAAACUUGCAAUGCAGCAAAGCUUGUCUCAUGGUGCACCCAGUCCCAAAUUAUCAAAAAUGUUGGAAGUACUGGAAAAGCAUUUCAAAGCAAAAGACCCACAGAACUCAAGGGUGAUAAUCUUUUCCAACUUUAGAGGAAGCGUGAGGGAUAUAAUGAACACACUAUCAACCAUUGGGGAUCUAGUUAAAGCAACUGAGUUUAUUGGUCAAAGCUCAGGGAAAACAUUGAAAGGGCAGUCACAAAAAGUUCAACAGGCUGUUUUGGAGAAAUUUCGCGCUGGCAAAUUCAAUGUUAUUGUCGCAACGUCAAUCGGUGAAGAAGGCCUGGAUAUUAUGGAAGUUGAUCUUGUAAUAUGUUUUGAUGCUAAUGUAUCACCACUAAGAAUGAUUCAGCGCAUGGGGAGAACUGGAAGGAAGGAUGAUGGACAAGUUGUAGUUUUAGCUUGCGAGGGGUCUGAGUUGAAAGGUUAUAUGCGAAAACAAUCAAACAGCAGAGCCAUUAGUAAACACAUGCAUAAUGGUGGAAUAAGUAGCUUCAAUUUCCAUUCUAGCCCGAGGAUGUCAUUUUAUUUCUUUCAGAUUCCCCAUGUAUUUAAACCUGAAGUACAAUUUGUCGAGCUAUCAAUUGAACAAUUCAUUCCUCGUGGAAAGAAACUAAAAGACGAUUGUGCUGACCAGACACCUGUUUUCAGAUCCAAACUAAAUGUUGCAGAGGCUGAACUUAUUGCCAAGUACUUCCAGCUUACCAGUGAAAAAUCUUGGCGACCAUCUCUUAUUGCCUUUCCCCACUGCCAGGCAUUCCCUUCUAGAGUGCAUAAAGUAAUGCAUUCUUAUAGAACAGACAUGCUGAUUGAUACAAUGCAGUACUUGCAAAAUUUAUCAUUUCCUAAGGAGGGCAGAGCUUUUAUAAUUGAGGAUGAAAUCUCUUCAGGUAAGUGCUUGGAAGUCGAUAUCAUUGGAAAAGAGAACAACAACGAAGAUCUGCACCUACAGAUUGAUUCUCCAAGCACUAAGUCGCAGAAUAAAGUAAUAGAUUGUGAAGUGACUCCCACAGAGACCAUGAGAACUGAGAAGCAAAAUGUACUGGAUCUUCAUAGCCAACAUCGUCCAGCUCAUUCUUAUCUUUUUGGGUCAGAAUACGUGUCUGUAGAUGAUCUUGGAAAAGUCAUAAUUUUGUCUGUCCCUGUUCUUCCAUUGAAAGAGCCAUCACAAACUAAGUUUACAAGUUCCAGCACCAAGGUACUUCUAAAUUGUUUGAAGCAAAUAUCUUGUCAUAUGAACAAGACAGAUAAAGGUAAAGAGGAACCAACUGUGCGAGACAUGCCUAGUCUAGAACCAAUUUUAUCUUGGGCUCAACAUGAAACAGAUUUGGACUUAGCAAGAUCUUAUUCUGAUGUCAAUCAAGACGAAACGUUGAAUCAAGUUGAAAAAAUUCCUGAGACUCCAGUAUCAAAGAUAACUCUUUUAAAUAGAGGAGAUAAUGUCAUUGAAGUGUCCGAUGCCAUGGAAAUAAGGAUACCAUGUUUGCAGGCUGAUGAGGACAGCAACAAUAUCGAGUUGAGUCCCAGGCUAACUAAUAUGAUCCAAAGUGGUAUCGUUCCAGAGUCUCCAAUUAAUGAUACGGGACAAUUAAAGUGUAAAGCAAUAAAUGAGUUCUUCACUGCAGAAGUCAGUUCACCAAUGAAAUCUUGUGAAAAUCAGCCAAAGUCUCCAAAUGAAUGGAAGAAUGGGAAGUCUAUCAGCAGUGUUUGUCAAAGAAAUAAUGAAAUGCAAACUUCUUUAUUUAAGAACGAUGUUGGAAGAACUGGUGAAUGUAAUGCAGCUUCUCCAGCUGCUGAUGAAACAAAUACUAGUUGCAGCAAAGAUUGGCUUUUGAGUUUUGAAGUCAAGUCAGAAAAUGUGAAACAAGUACACAAGCUCAAAAGAUUGCGGAAAAUAGGGGAUUUUGAGAAAAAUCCAGAAACCAAAAAUGAAAAAUCAUCAGGCCCUCACCAAGCUAAGCGGCAUAGAGGUAAAAGGAAGCAAACUAGCAAAAUGAUGCCAUUCAUUGAGGAGGAAGCUGAGGUGUCUUCUGAUGCUGAAAUAUCUGGUGAUGAGGAAGACGACAAAGUCAGCAGUUCGUAUGAUGAUAGUUUCAUAGAUGACAGGAUAAAUUCUACAGCAACAAGCACACAAGUCGAAAAUAGUGGAGUUGAUAUGUUGGCAGUUUACAGGCGGUCUUUGCUCACCCAAUCACCAAUGGAGAGCACCAGAACUCCUGAAAGUGUUGCUUCUGUUACCAGAACUAAUGAAAGCAAAAGUUCUUCGGUCAAGACAUCACAUUCCUUCCAGACCCCUCUGAUCGAUUCUGAAAAUAAGUCUGCUGCUGGGAAGGAUUCAAAUUCUGUUCAGAUGGAUUCUGACAGGAUGUCAGCUGCAAUGCCUCCUGCAGAAAACGAGACAAAGCUGGAAAUCCGGAAAAGGAAAUUGAGUUUUUAUCAAUCGGGAUCUAUUCCUACAAUAAACCUAGAGCGAGAAUUUUCAUUGCAAUCGAAUGCUGUCAGAAAAGAUGCAUCCCCGCGAGAUCCAGUUCAAAAUUUUGAUGCCAAUGGUGAAAUUUUUCACGACGAUCAAUUCUUUGACAAUAUUGAUUUUGAUGCUGUGGAGGCUCAAGCUACCUUGCUUCUCAAACGCAGAUAUGAGUUGGCUGUACAGAAACACGACGCAAUUUCAGAAUCAAGUGCACGAAAUGUUGACCUUCCAAACUCUCCAUCAUUUGAUCUUGGAAUAUGGUGAAAAUUUUCACCAUUGGCAUAUAAAUUCAGCAGCUGCAGCCAGCAUCAGAGUUUUGAUAUUUCAGGGGAAUUUUAUGUUUAUUAGGCAAUAGAAUUUGUACAUAAAUAUAAAGAAAUAUAAUUUAUACAGGAGAGAGGAUGUAAAGUUGCAUUUAUAAAAGAAAACCUUACAUUGUAAUGAACAUAGCAGAGAUAAUCAUUCCUCUUAUUUUUUUAUGUAACUUUA